AUGCGUCAACUUCAUGCCCUCACUUGGACUUCUCCGCACUUGGCUGCCCGCUGCUCGCCGCGCUACUCACCGUCCUUCUUCGCCAUCGCCCUUCACGAAGCUGGUUACCUCGUCUACUGUCAAGCGGCUGGUGAUCCAGGAUUCACGGCAGCGACCAGCGCUUCCGCCGCCACGACUCGCGUUGAUUCUUCAGCGGAAGGCGCCACGCAAGCCACGUCGACAUACCGAUCGAAUCCGUUCAUUCCGCGUGACGUGGCGGAGGUCGUGGUGGUGCGGCACGGCGAGACGACGUGGAAUCGCGAGAACCGCAUGCAGGGGCAGACGGAGUCGGACCUCAGCGACGCGGGGCGCGCUCAGGCCCGCGCGCUGGCAGCACGCUUCGCGGGGGGCGACCUGCCAUUCACAGCGCUGUACUCGUCGGACCUCAGGCGGGCGGCUGAGACAGCAGAAGCGGUGGCAGAGGCGGUGGGCAUGGGGGCAGAGCAGGUGGUGCGGCUGCCGGGGCUCAGAGAGCGCAACUUGGGGGUUCUGGAGGGCCUCAUUCGGGACGAAGCUUCUCAGAAGCACCCUGAGGCGUACGGCGUACUGACCUCAAAGGACUGGAGUCAACCUAUUCCUGGAGGGGGAGAGAGCUUGGAGGCCAUGUAUGGGAGAGUGACAGCAACCGUCAAUCGCAUUGCCAAGGAGCACCUUGGCCAAAGGGUGCUCCUGGUGACUCACGGUGGAGUGUGCAAUUGCAUCCAAAUGAAGGCGUCAGGGAACAGGCAUGCGAAGAAAGUGUACAACACAUCGAUUGGCAUACUUAGGAUACCGCAUCCCGACAAGUGGACCAUCUUACGCGGACAGGCCUUCCACACUUCCACUGCGUCAUCUAGACCGUCCGUUGCUAGCCACGCCUCAAGCCAACCGACCAGCGACUCUCUAAUUAUCGACGAUGCUCCGCGGGAGGGGUCCCAGCAGGGAGCCGCACAUCCUGGCAGGGAUUUGCUUCUCGGGAAGCGGUCGCGCUCUCGGUCGCAUGUGGCGAGAGCUCUGCCGAUCUCGAUACACGACGUGGAAGGGCCGCUCCGCGACCUGCUGUUCGCGACGAUCGGCGCCGCGACGGCUCUCAUGGCGUCGGGGUGCAUCGCGUGGCUGACGAAGCGAAAAGAGUCCAAGGUGCUCGCGGAAGCCAAGGAGCGGGGACCCGCCGCGCUGCCCGAGGUGCCGCCGGCGGCGGAUCCCUGCAGCGCGAUGGGCGGCGCGGAGGUGGGCGUGGGCGGCGGCAAGGAGUCAGUGGAGUGGGUAAACAUGGUGCUGCAUAAGAUGUGGAAGGUGUAUCGCCGUUCCAUCGAGGCGUGGCUCGUCGGGCUGCUACAGCCGGCGAUUGAUACGCUCCCGCUGCCCGCCGUCGUCACGCGCGUCGAGAUCGCCGAGUUCAGCUUGGAUUACGAGCCGCUCGCCGUGCGCAACGUGCAGCGCCGCGCCAGCCGACGCGCCAACGACCUCCAGUACCACGUGGCGUUGCGCUACACGGGCGACGCGCGCUGCCUGCUGCUGUUACAUCUCCGCGUGGCGGGAGUGGACUUCGCGGUGCCGGUGGGCGUGCACGAUCUCGACGUGGACGCGGAGCUGUGGGUGAAGCUGCGCCUGACGCCGCGCAAGCCGUACGUCGGCACGCUCUCCAUCGCCUUCGUGCGCCUGCCCACCAUCAAGCUCGUCCUCGCGCCCUUCCGCAUCGUCAACCUCUUUGCUAUUCCGUUUCUCUCCAGCUUCCUCUCCAAGCUACUCACAGUCGACCUGCCACGUCUGCUCGUGCUGCCACGUCACAUCACCUUCGACUUCCUCCCAGCCGGGGAAGACCCCCAGCAGCACAUGGCGGCGGCGGCGUCCGCAAUGGUACUGGACCUGCUUAAAUCGGAGACGUUCACGGGGCUGGCGGGUCAGCGGCCGUCAUCAGCAGCGUCGGGGCUCGUGCCCACGCGCAUGGAACCCAGCGAUUCGUUCGUGGGGGAGCUUUCGGUCACCCUCUGCGAGGCGCGCAACCUGCCGUCCUACGGCUUAUCAGUAUGGAGCAAUCCCUACUGUCGGCUGAUGGUGGGGGACGUGAUGGUGGAGAGCAAGCGCAACAGCGAGACGUCACACCCCUCAGGCGCGCGGGACCCGGUGUGGAAUCAGGACUUCCACUUCUGGGUGGAGGACCCCGUGGGGCAGAAGCUCACCGUCAUGCUCAGAGACUCCAUGGCGCUCAACCGCAACAUCGGCUUUGUUGAGGUGCCGAUUUGGCAACUUCAGGACUGUGUGCCGCUCUCCAUGUGGUUACCACUGUUACAAGACGGUCCCUUCGGCGUCAAGCCAGCAGCUCAGGGCGAGAUCCGCAUCCUCCUCACCUACAAGUCAUACGUGGACCGCGACGAAUCCUCCACGUUUAGUAACACUGGUGGUAACGCGGUAUCCGCCAUUCCGGCUCCCACCGCCCCUAUCGCUUACAUUAAAGUGUUUGGAGAGAGUGACUCGGACAGCGAUAAGGGAACGGCGCCGGAGGGGGGAGCAGAAGGGGAGGUGGAUGAAGAGGCAAUGCGGGCAUUGCAGCAGGAGCGAGAGCAGAAGGGGUUGGAUAAGAUGGUGGAGGCUAGUAUCACUGAAGUGGUGGCGAGUAACGAGGCGGAAGUAAGGGCGGAGGAGGGGGGCGAGGGGAGCACUGCAGGUGGAGAGGGAACAGUGGAGGAGAGGAAACCGUCGCUGGUUAGUGUUGCAGGAGUGGUGGGUUCAGGGGCGGUGGCAGCUGUGGGUGGGGUGCUGAACGGUGCUAAGGUGGUGGCAGUUGGUGCGGCAGGGGCAGUGGGAGGAGCGGUAGGGGCAGCAGGAGGGGCGGUGGCUGGAGCAGCGGGGUGGAUGUUUGAGAGUGUGAGGGGCGUGUUAAGGAACAGGACUAGUGACGAGGUUUAUGCUGAUAGGGCAGGAGAGGACGAGGAAGGGAAGAAUGCUGUUCAUGACAUGUCUGCAGCUGCUAGGGACGGAACAGGUUCGGAUGCCGAACCGCAGAUUCGCAUCCGAGCUUUUCCUUUGAGUGACUGGUCGCCUCUGAAGCAGCAGGGUAAGGCUGAGCAGCGCACUGGAUACGAUGCGGGUGAUUGGGAUGAGGUUCGGCAGGAGCAGAGCGAGGCUCGGUUGACGGAGUGGGACAUAGAGAACACAGCAGAGCGGCUGUGGCGGCUGGAGGAGAGGCGGAGGAGGAGGGAGCUGAGAGCACAACAGGCGAGUAGUGAUGCUGAUGCUGGCACUGCUGCUGAUAAUAGUGGGUCGAGGAAUGUGAACGAUGCAGCAGCAGUGAGGGGGAAAGUCAACGGCAAGCCGAAUGGUAGGGUGGUGAAUGGUGAGAUAGCAGAGGCAGCCGAGAAGAGUGGCAGGUCGGAUGCGUUUGGGUCGAUGAACGGAGCUUAA